GCCAAAAUGGCUGCCCCUAGGAAGCCCGCACCGCGCAGCUAGUGAGGCUUGGGGAACAAGCUUCUGCGGGAAAGGGGAAGGAGGACUCUAGGAAGCGCCGUGGCCAGGUCCAACGCGGCCCGAGCCACACAGGUUCUAGUUACAGCCGCCCCUUGCCAUAAAUUUUGACCUAUAUUUGGAAAAAUACUGGCCAGGAAAAAAAAUGAUAAAAUUUUUCCUCAUGGUGAAUAAACAAGGGCAGACCCGACUUUCUAAGUACUAUGAACAUGUGGAGAUUAAUAAGCGCACACUUCUGGAAACAGAAGUCAUGAAGAGCUGUCUCUCUCGAUCCAAUGAACAAUGCUCUUUCAUUGAAUUCAAGGAUUUUAAGCUGGUGUAUCGGCAGUAUGCAGCUCUCUUCAUCGUGGUUGGGGUUAAUGACACAGAGAAUAAAAUGGCGAUUUAUGAAUUCAUCCAUAACUUUGUAGAAGUUUUAGAUGAGUACUUCAGCCGAGUGAGUGAAUUAGAUAUAAUGUUUAAUUUGGAUAAAGUACACAUCAUUUUGGAUGAGAUGGUGUUAAAUGGCUGCAUUGUGGAAACGAUUCAGGCAAGAAUUCUCGCCCCUCUGCUGAUUCUUGAUAAGAUGUCAGAAAGCUGAAAAGUGGCUCUGCCAAGCAACAUCAACAUAGGAAAUGAGAACAUGGUAAUAUACCUCUCAACAUCUACAGCCCAAAAGAAUCUGGAAGAGCACACAUUGCAAAAUGGGGUAUUCUCCCAAAGACAUUUUAAACAGGU